UGGUAACCUGUUGGUCUGGCGAAACGCCUACUCAAAAUCCAUUCCCGACGGAGACGGGCGAGGAGAACGUCAGCAAUUAUACUGAGCCGACACAAGUGAUGUUUUAAGGACAGGAGGUGAAGACUGGUGCAACUCAUUAUGGAAAGAGGACUUGAUCCAGUGCACUGAUGCAGAAACUCUCAACUAGAGUGCGAGAGAUAUAUCUUCAGGGUUGUGCCGGGUAGAUGCAUGGUGCAAAAGUAAUCUUCACCACCAAACCCUGCGUGACUGCUGUCCAGAGGUCCGACGGAAACUGGGCAACCGUCAAAGGUGAGACCAGCCAACGCCCCGAGGAGGGCAACCCAGGACGCGAUGACCGCCUCGGCCACCUCAUUUUAGACAGUUAGAUGUAUGUCUUCAGCAUUCACACCAAAGGUUGCUUCGACCAGACAUGGAGACUUUCAGACAGCGUUUGAGGUUCGGGACAACCAAGGAGGAUGUCAAACUCAGGAAAAGAAAAUCACUACUGUACACAAAGGAAGUUAAUGCUCCAAUUAGGACAGAAGUGAUGCGAGUUGCAGCCUUUUCUGUGAUUUUCCGUGUCGUCAACUGUUUCCUGGUUCAAAGCAGCUUUGUUCCAGAUGAGUACUGGCAGUCUAUGGAAGUAGCCCAUCACAUGGUCUUCAAUUAUGGGCAUCUGACAUGGGAAUGGAAGGAAGGCAUAAGAGGCUUCACCUAUCCUCUCUUCUUUGCUGUCAUCUAUAAAAUACUACACUGGAUAAACUGCGACUAUGUGUAUCUUCUGAUUUGGAUUCCCCGACUACUUCAAGCACUCCUUAGUGCGUUUGCAGACGUAAAAUUCUUCUUCCUCAUGAGAACACUGGAAGAUCGAAAUAUUGCAAAAUGGACGUUCUUCUGCCAUAUGUGCUCAUGGUUUACAUGGUUCCUCUGCACCAGAACGCUAACUAACAGCGUGGAGGCCACCAUCACUUGCCUGGCUCUGUCUUACUUUCCCCUUCCAGCAUCUAAAACACACAGCAGCAAAAAAUAUUUGAGCCUCGUUGCCCUGGCGAUCAUUGUUCGCCCAACGGCCCUGAUUGUCUGGCUUCCGCUGUUGGCUUACCAUUUCUGGCAGUGCAAAAACAAACUGAGGCUAUUCGUUCAUGACUACAUUCCCAUAGGGGUUUCAGCCGUUGUGAUUUCUACCACAAUCGACUGUAUCUUCUAUGAAAAGUGGAUCUUUGUGCAGUUCAACUUCUUGAAAAUAAAUGUCUUCCACAAUGUGGCCGAGCUCUACGGCACCCAUCCCUGGCACUGGUACCUCACUCAGGGCUUCCCAGUCGUAAUUGGCCCCCAUCUCCCGUUCUUUUUUCACGGAUGCUUCCUGGCUUUCAGAAGGUACCGAGUCCUACUGGUGGCCAUCACCUGGACCAUUGGGGUAUACAGUCUGCUUCCACACAAGGAGUUUAGAUUCAUCUACCCUGUGCUUCCCUUCUGUUUGAUCUUCUGUGGUGUAUCGGUGGGUCAUAUGAGAAUGUGGCGACGAGCAGCCGCAUGUGGUUUGUUGGCAGUCAACCUGCUCAUAGCCCUCUACACUGGGCUGAUUCACCAGCGAGGCGCUCUGGACGUCAUGAGCCACGUGCGCGCACUUUGCCACAACGUGUCAGAGCCGGACGUCCUCUUCCUCAUGCCCUGCCACUCCACCCCUUACUACAGCCACAUCCACUGCCCACUAAAGAUGUCAUUUCUCGAGUGCCCGCCUGAUCUUGGCCAAGCGGGCCACGUGGACGAAGCGGACAGAUUCUAUGAUGAUCCACUUCUCUGGCUCCGGACAUCAUUUCCACACACGCAGUCACGUCCUUCCCACUUGGUUCUAUUUGACGUUUUGGAGAAGGAGAUCUCCAUAUUUCUGCAGGACAAUAACUACAAGAAAACAACAGACAUAUUUCACACUCAUUUUCCCGAGGGAAGACUUGGAGGAAGAAUCUUUAUGUAUGAAAAGCACUAACAACCAUGGGAACCUCUUGGCAACAAUGUCUGAUAUUAAAAAAAGGCUGGAGGUAACAUCAAGUUCUGUAAAAUCACCCUCCGCCCUCGAUUACUGUUUAUUAACCCAAUUAUUGUUGGGUUUCUGUAGUAUGGUUCAGGGAUUAAUAUAAAUAAAUAAAUAGACCAGAUCGGGUUAUGGCCGCAUUUGGA